AUGCCAACAUAUGCUAUCUCCCAGCUGCUUUUCCUAUGCUGGUGCUGGAGAGUUCGAGGAGAAUGGGGUCGAUUGGCGGACCUGACAGAUGCCGCCGGCCAUGUCCGCCCGGCGGCACGGUCGGAACACAUCGGUGCUUGGGACGAAUCCAGGCAGGUGCUGCAGAUCCAUGCGGGAAGCAACCUGGAAGGCGACUUGUGGGCCUUCGACGUGGCGUCUGCUACAUGGACUAGGACAAUCACGGCCGAAGUUCCAGCAGCCCGCUCUGCGCAUGCUGCUGGCUGGGAUCCCGCUGGCCAAAGCCUUUGGGUACAUGGCGGAUACAACAGCCAAACAAAAGUGUGGUUUCGGGACAUCUGGAGGUUUCAGUCCGGGCUGUGGACACUUGAAUCCAACGAUGCUGGACCCUGUGGGAGGCAAGCACAUGUUGCAGUUUGGGUUGCCAGCACGUCAUCUCUUUGGGUUCAUGGCGGCUGGACUGGUACUCACCGCUUGUCGGAUUUGUGGAGCUACAACCAGCAGGCCCAUGGGUGGCAGGAGUUAGCACCGCUGUCACCCAGCGGGGCGCCACCGGCACGAUCGCACCACAUUGCCGUUUGGGAUGGGACGAACCAGGUGCUGUGGAUGCACGGUGGCUACAACAGUUCGCUGCUGGGGGACUUGUGGACUCUUGACGCAACGACGCUCAGCUGGGCAGAAAUUCAGUCUGACGGGGGCCCCACGGCGAGGUCAGGACAUGCAGCAGUGUGGGAUGUCGAGAGUCAGCUGCUGUGGCUGCACGGCGGUAACGACGGCAUCCUGAAACGAGACCUUUGGAGAUACGAUCCGGAGAGCAACAUCUGGAGUCUGAUUGCUGAGCAGGCAGGCCCGUCGGGACGCUGGUCACACGUGGCUGCCUGGGACGACCUCAACCACGUCAUCUACAUCCAUGGAGGAUACAAUGGAAGCCUUUGUGGAGACCUUUGGUCGUUUUGGGUCACCACGACCUCGACGACGCAGACAGCGAGCUCUACAUCCAGUUCAAGCAGCCAGACCUCCACUUCAAGCAGCAUCUCGCGGACGAGCAGCAGUUCCAGCAGUAGCAGCAGCAGCUCCACAAGCUCCGCCAGCAGUACCUCAACAACUGCGACGUCUAGUACCAGUGCAUCCAGCAGCUCAAGCUCAACCAGCAGUACGAGCACGUCCCUGACGAGCACCUCGAGCUCCAGAAGCAGCACUAGUCACACCUCCAGUUCCAGCAGCAUCUCGCAAACUAGCAGCAGUUCCAGCAGCAGCACCACCACCUCCGGGACAUCCACCACGGGCACAUCCAGCACAAGCAUGUCAACGACCUCCAGUUCAACCAGCAGCAGCUCCAGCAGCCGAACAUCCAGCAGCACCGGCAGCACGACGGUAACCUUGACAUCCAGCACAUCUUUCACACAAACUAUCAGCACCACCUCGGCAACAAGCACAAGCAGAACUUUCAGCACGGUGACGUUCACUUCAAGUAGCACCACGACGGCUACAACCACCACCACUACACAGUUUGUUGUAUUCUCUCCUUGGCCAGAUUGGCUUCUAGCGGUCAUCAUCGGGGCCAUUCUUUUGAUGUCUGCUACCGUAUGCACUUUCUCUGCUCUUGAAGCGAUCCACCCCUUCAUUUCUUUUCCACCUCCCUUGGAGCCAAGGCCGUCGGCGGCCCCAGAGAGAAAGGGAGGGCAUCGAAGCAGUCCCGUUUCUCCCGUGUUUCCACGGCUUCUUGGUUCCAGAUCGCCAUGUGCUCCUCUGGUGGUUCUGGUUCACUUCCAGGGUGCCACUCGGGUCACUCCGAGGAUCUGCUUGGUUCCAGAGUCAACGGCGCUCCAGCAUCUCCAGCCACAGGCGACGCGAAACGAGCCAAGGGAGCCACAGGCAACACCCAAGCUGCUGCUACCUGCAAGCUUCCUCCAGCGGCAUUCGAGCAAAACUUUGCCGGAUUUGCUGUUCAAUUCAAGCCCGCAAGAUGUCAUAUCCUUUGCACCUUCCCCGGCACCAGCUCCCAGCUUUGCCAGCUUCCAGAGCAGGCAAACCCAGCAUGCCCAGCACCUGCGUAUCCGAGUUAGGUUGCAGACCGAGUGUCCAAAGCAAAGCAGCUCCAGUCAGGCUUGCCGCAGUUGGCCCCGUGUGGAGCUCGUGCGAGAGCCGCCAGCAUGGCCCACGGCAUGUCUCUCCCGAAGAGACACCCAGCCGUGCCAGGAACCCAGUAUGCUUCCGCCAUUGCCACGCCCAAGUGCACAUGCACCGUGCUACAUGUGCCACGUUGUGCAGGGACAGGACCAAUAUCUCCCAUUCCUACCGCCGAAUGUCGGGCAAGAUGGACACACACCACGACCGCCACCAGCGCCACGCCCGACCAGUCCCCCAGCCCUCAGCUUCAUUCGGCUGGAGCCACCUGAGAAUCGACCUCGCGGCCGGCCGAGGAGCCCAGUGAGCCCCGAGGCCCAGCCGACCGCAGCGCAUGUGGCUCCCAGCCGACCACGCGUGGAGCUGGUCCCAAAGUCACGGGUAGUUUUAGUCACCAGCCGCCUCCCGCCGGACAGACCGUUGCCCGCUGAGCCACAGACUCUCAGCCCGAAGAGUCGCUGGCUCGGAUUCUUGUUGGGGGGCCAACUCCAAGGACAGCAGCGUUUGCAAGCCCUGGGCGGCCCUGAGAGCCCUGACACUGCAACACAGCAACAUCCCAACCCUGCCUCCAAUGGCGGCUUCGAUGGCCCAGUCACGACGGCCAAUCGAUCACACGCCGCUGCUUCACAACCUUCUUCUCAGUGUGCAAACAGCCCAGUCGAUUCCAGCAUUAUGCAAGAGCACCUGCCCCACCCAGAUUCCCCCACAUCACACACCGACAGCAGAGUUGCUCGCACGCAGCACACCACUUUACCACAGCAUGCCACUUUGCGACGUUCUCGAAGCGAACCCAUGUGCCUCUGCAUCUCUCCAACGACCCGGGUUCAACACCGCAGCACUACUCCGAAUCAUCAGUUGCUCUCGCAGCCCCCCUACAGCCCAGCUUCCACCCUGCAACCUUCUUUGCGGCUUGUUUCUCCCACAUCGAACUCCACUACACAUACCGCCCACUGCGCCCAGCGACCCAACACAGACAGUUGGAUUCGGCCCGACAACGGGUCACCGGCAUUUACAUUUGGCCAGCAGCGCGCAUCGCUCCCGUCGAGGAUGCGAUGUGGCGAGUCACCCGGGCCAGGUGCAUAUAACGCGGAGAAAAUCAGCUUCGACCGCUACAUGCCGCAAAGACUGGAGCAGUUCAACGACCGCAGACGGAUCGCAAAAGAGUUCGUGGACAAACAGAAAAGGAAAAGGAAGCAGAGGGGAGGCUCACCGUGCAGUGGACAUCAAAGUCAGCAGACCAAAGACAUGUCUGCAUGUUCACAGUGA